AUGGUUAGCAUGUGUAAUGGGUCAGCGGGCCGGGGCGGCGGGCGCGGGGGGGCGCCUCGGGCUCGCGACGGCGGCGGCGGGGCGGGCGGGGGCGCCGGCGGGGCGGGCCAGGCCGCGAAGGCCGUUGGGCCGGGGCGAGCGCGCGGCCCUGGCCCCAGACCCCGGCCGCCGGGAGGGAGGAAGGGUGGGAAGCCGCCGCUUCCCCCCGAAAACGGGUCCGGCCGCCCUGGCUCGAGAAGGGCUCCCGGAGCAGCCUCAGAACAAAAACCGCGUCUGGGGAAUUGGGCGAGUCCCCAGGACCCUCCAUGGUCCACUUCAGUGCGGUGGAAGCCUAAAUUGUACAGAUCUGUGAUUGAAGAUGUUAUUAAUGAUGUGAGAGACAUCUUUUUGGAUGAUGGAGUUGAUGAGCAAGUUCUGAUGGAACUAAAAACUUUGUGGGAGAAUAAACUAAUGCAGUCUAGGGCAGUCGAUGGAUUUCAUUCAGAAGAACAGCAGCUUUUACUGCAAGUUCAACAACAGCAUCAACCUCAGCAACAGCAGCAUCACCACCACCAUCACCAUCAGCAAACUCAGCCACAGCAGACGGUACCUCAGCAAGCGCAGACCCAGCAGGUCCUUAUUCCUGCAUCACAGCAAGGUGAGACUGGGGAUCUUCUUCUACUUACAACCUGUAAUUGA